AUGUCCAUUCCAGUCGCGAUAAACGUGUUUGGCAACAAAUCGAUUGAGCCGUGGCGGCAGAUCUACCGAUUUUACGGCACCGAUGAGAUCAAUUAUGUUUACAUGAAAGAUGGCCGCAAACUUCUGGAGAAGCUUGGUUCCCUCGGCCCGCACCAGGCCUGGUUUCGAGCUCACAGUCAAUUCGUGACGGGCGAAGGUGUCCAUGCGCUGAAAUGGGGAAGUACAAACGCCUACACCGAGGACAAGGAUGGAAACCCGGUUUAUGACUGGACGAUCAUCGAUCGAGUGUACGACACAUAUCUGGAGAAAAAGCUCAAACCGUACGUUCAGUUCGGGUUCAUGCCGCAAGCACUUUCUGUUCAUCCAGAGCCGUAUCAGCAUAAAUGGACUCCUACGGCGCCUUACGGCGAAAUAUUCACGGGUUGGGCUUAUCCGCCCAAGGACUAUGCAAAGUGGGGCGAGCUCAUAUAUCAAUGGACGAAGCAUUGUGUGGAGAGGUAUGGAAUCUCUGAAUGCGAAUCAUGGUACUGGGAAACGUGGAACGAGCCGGACAUCGGCUACUGGCAAGGAACUCCGGAAGAGUACAACAAGCUCUAUGAUUACGCCGUGGAAGGUGUCCGACGUGCGUUGCCGUCCGCCAAAGUAGGCGGGCCGGAGACCACUGGCCGUGGACCAGAAUACCUCAGGGGCUUCCUGCAGCACUGCCUCGAUGGCGAGAACCAAGCGACCCAAGGCAAAGGCGCACCCCUUGACUUUGUAUCUUUCCACGCCAAAGGCGCACCGAAGUACCAGGAAGAGACGAAGAGUGUCCGGAUGGGUAUUGCCCACCAUCUUCGAGAGAUUGAUACCUCGUUUGGCGUGAUUGCCUCAUUCCCCAAGUUCAAGCCGCUUCCUAUCGUCCUGGGCGAGUCGGAUCCAGAAGGCGCGGCAGCCGCUCAGGGCCCGCAGUUGGCGUACCGUAACAGCACCCUUUACUCGUCAUACACCGCCGCCAGCUUUGCUCGCAAGCAUCUACUUUCAGAAAAGCAUGGCGUCAAUCUCGAGGGAGUUGUCACUUGGGCGUUUGAGUUCGAGGAUCAGCCUUACUUUGCGGGAUUCCGCGUUCUGGCCAGUAACGACGUCGACCUUCCGGUGCUCAACAUCUUCCGUAUGUUUGCCCGCAUGGAGGGUGAGCGCCUGGCCAGCACCAGUUCGCAACAGGUUCCUCUGCAGGACCUCUUACAAAACAGUGUCCGUGAAGAUGCUGAUGUGGGAGCCAUCGCUGCCCGAGACGGGCAGACGGUCAGUGUUAUGGUCUGGCACUAUCAUGAUGACGAUUUAAAGGGACCAUCAGCAGCUGUGGACCUGACAUUGGAGGGCGUGGGGUGGAAGGAGAAUUCUACGCUUCGGCACUACCGUGUCGACGAGACGCACAGCAACUCCUACACCGUGUGGAAGUCGAUGGGCUCACCUCAGCAACCGACAGCAGAACAAUAUGCCAAGCUUCAAGCUGCAGGCUCCCUAGCCGAGUACACAGGGCCGACAAAGUUGGAAGCGCAGUCCGGCGUGCCGAAGCUGUCGUUUGACUUGCCGCGCCAGGGCGUGUCCCUGCUCGUCUUUGAAAAUGUAGGUUGA